AUUAAUGGCUACUUUUCUUUUACGCUUCUCCCCUCCUCCCUACUACUGCUGGUGACUAGUUCUACUACCACUCAAAAACAACAAACAUAGCUAGUGAUCUGAUUUGCAUUCAGGUCGAGUGAACAACCCAACCAGCAAAAGAUCGGAGGAACAGAAGGGUUUGGUUGGUUGUUCGGAGGAAGGAGCAUUUCGUUUCGUUUCGGAUUGAUUCCCGGGUUUAACAUAUUAUCAUCCAUGGCCCACGACUUGCACGACGACCUGGAGUUCGUCUCCGGCGACGACGACGACUACUACUUGGAGUUCGAUCACGAUCCCGGCCAUGGCUUCCACACCUCCGCCGCCACUUCAGCCUCCCAGACGAACAAGCAGAUGGACGAUACCGUGGGAACGGUUGAAUUAUAGCAGGAAUCAGUAUCGCGAGAUGAGACUAAGGCAAUAUAAGAAUUAUGAGAACCUUACUAUGCCGCGUGAUGGACUAGAAAAGGAAUGCAAACAAGUGGAGAGAAAAGACACAUUCUAUGAUUUUCAUUUGAAUACAAGACUUGUCAAGUCAACAAUAGUUCAUUUUCAGGUACCGAUUUCCUCUGACCUGUCAUUCAGAUACUUGUAUGCAUAAGAAAGCUGGCGUAUGCAUUUGGGUGACCGCUUUAUAGAAAGUUUUGAAUUAACAAUGCUAGUUAACUUUAUGAUUUGUUUGCAUAGCACCCUAUGAAUGCUAUACUAUAUUUUGUUCAUCAAUUUUUGAAAAAUACAUAACUAGAUACCAACAGUCUAAUUUCUAACCACAAUUAUUUAUGGUAAUAGAAAUGGAAGAAGUUUCCCUCUCUUUCUUAAAUAAAAAAGUCCACAAGCUUAAAUAAAAAUUCAUCUAUGUGGUAUCAGCAUCUAUCAUUAUUAUGCACAUGAUGUUUAUCUAGCUUAUUCUUAGGUUUGUUAUGAUUAACAAAUAGUCUCCAAAAUUUCGUACUGUUAUGCAUACCAUUUGCAUGUGCACAACCUGCAUCACUAUAUUCUGUUUAAUAAAGUGUACUGUCUGUACCUUUCUGCCCUUUUGUUUAUAUAGACAUAAUAUUUACUGCAGGUUGUAUGAUGAGUUGAAUCAAAAUAUGCUAAACUGAGAUAGUUUUCGAUACGAGCAAAUUAACCCAUGAUAUUAGGGCAGAUGCAAUAUCUUACUUCCCAGGUGGAUGGUCAUUCUCAGCAGUCGGCGCAAUUAUACACGUGGAAUAUGCUGAGGAACCUGCUGUGGGCUACUUCCAAGCAUGACGUGUAUCUGAUGCAGAACUACUCUGUCAUGCACUGGUCUUCCCUGCUCCAGAGAGGAAAGGAAGUGCUCAAUGUCGCGGGCCAACUCGCUCCCUCUCAGAAUGUCCGGGGAGCUAUGCCGUUGUCGCGGGUGCAGAUCAGUACCAUGGCGGUGAAAGGCAACCUCAUGGUGGCCGGUGGUUUCCAGGGUGAACUCAUCUGCAAGUAUGUUGAUAAACCUGGAGUGGCGUUUUGUACGAAUCUGACCGGGAACAACAAUUCCAUCACGAAUGCCGUGGACAUCUACCAGGCACCAAAUGGCGGUACUCGAAUUACGACCGCGAACAACGACUGCGUAGUCAGAACUUUCGACACCGAGAGAUUCAGCCUCAUUAGCCACUUUGCCUUUCCAUGGUCGGUCAAUAAUACGUCGGUGAGCCCUGACGGCAAGCUGCUCGCGGUUCUUGGUGACAGCUCCGACUGCCUGAUCGCCGAUUCACAAUCUGGCAAGGAAAUGGCGAGGCUGAAGGGUCACCUGGACUACUCGUUCUCGUCGGCGUGGCACCCCGACGGCCGUGUGGUCGCCACGGGGAACCAGGACAGGACGUGCCGGGUGUGGGACGUGCGCAACAUGUCGCGGUCGGUGGCGGUGCUGGAGGGCCGGAUCGGCGCCGUCAGGGGGCUCCGGUACUCGCCGGACGGCCGCUUCCUCGCCGCGUCGGAGCCCGCCGACUUCGUCCACGUCUACGACGCCGCCGCGGGCUACGCCGACGCGCAGGAGAUCGACCUGUUCGGGGAGAUCGCCGGCGUCGCGUUCAGCCCCGCCGGGAAUAAUGGCGGCGGCGGGGAGGCGCUGUUCGUCAGCAUCGCCGACCGCACGUACGGCAGCCUGCUCGAGUUCCACCGGCGCCGCCGCCAUGGCUACCUGGACUGCUACGUCUGAUCGCCGCCGCCGCCGCCAUGUCCGCCGCGGCAGUGCAUCGCGUGCAAAGCUGUAAGCUUUGAAAAGGUGCAACGCAACACGGCGUUUUCGCGCGCUUUUUUUCUUGCGCUGCCGCGAGCCGAGACGUCAGUUGUUUUUUUUCUUUAUUUAAAACUUUUGGCACGUUGCUGUUUUACAUUGUAUUUUUUUUGUAUUGUACGGUGCAGUGUAGUGCUACAUAGUACAGUAUAUAUUUGGAGGCGGAUAUAACCUUAGAGCCAAAUUAGAGCCAAAUGACCGUCUAUAAAAAUAUAAAUCAAGGUGAAACAUACCGUCCGUCUGUGAAAAUAAAUAUAAAUAGACUGGGAUAGACUUUGUAGCUUUGUGUUGUACGAAAGUUCAUUAAUUUGGUAAUGUACGUAAAGAACACUUUUGAUGCUUUACAGUUAGUGUUGACUGCGUGCUAAUGGAGACUGGAUUAUUCA